GACUAACAUAGUGAUCUUAUGAUCUCUACAAGCAACGGCUCAGACACCAUUACCAUUACAUAUCGUGUAUGAAUUCGGCUGCUGGAAAAACCCAGAUGGUGACCUUUGUACUUUUGUGGGGAAUUUUAUUGGUUCAAACUUCGACAGCUCAGAACGGAAACUCAAACCAGAAUGAAAUUAGCUUUGACGACUUCUGCAGGGACUUUAAUGAACUUCGCACCAGUACCUCCAUGAGUGCUGUCAUCAGAGAUCUCGACAGUGUACGAGAACAGCUAGUAGCAAUGGGUGUUUUACCUGAAAGAGGUGCUGUCGAUGCAGUCAAAAAAAUAUGUCUUGAUAAGUCGAAGCAAUUCAACCCAGAGUGUUUAUACAGAUUUCGUUUUUUGAAAACUGUGGAUAGCUCCGAUUUCAAUCGCUUGCGUGACACUAACCUGCGCGGCUUGUAUGUAGAUCUGUGGCUUCUUCAUCCAAUGCUUAGAGGCUGUCUACCAUCUCUUAACAAAGACGUGAAAAGCAACAACGUGAAGGGUAGGAUGGCAGCCGGAUUAUUAGGAAACAAUCCUGAACAAUUUACUGAUAUUUUUGAUGAAAGGAAAGGCAGGUUGCUCAGAGAGGAGAUCAAAGUGGCGUGUGAAAAAAAGCAAGGUGAUGUAACAUUUUGCUCGUCUUUGCCUGAACUUGUUAAACUCGUAGAUACCUUCCAAGAGGUGAAACGUAAAAGCAGAACAAGCGUGGAAUGGAAUGCAUUUCUUUUGCAAUUUGUGAUGCUGAAGCAUAAUAGUCCAGAUGAGUUUGAAACAGUAUUCCCAGAAACAGUUACGGAACUAAACGACAUCCUUGUCAAAAACUUAGAGCAAAUCUUCAAAUUCAUUAGCAGCGGACAGAUAACUGAGCUGAAUGAGAUGAUGGCCUUCGUACCAGGGUUAGAAACAAUUAAAUCGGGUUGUGACACCUCGUGGGACCUUCCAAGUAUCACGAAGAAGAGUGAAUGCAUGUUCUGGAAAGCGAUCGUACAGGUAGACGUUUAUCUGCAAUCACUAAGGCCCCCUGCUAAAGGAAACGUUCAAAAAUUACUUAACACUAACAUAGAUUAUCCAACCUUCCUAAGUCUCACUGAAAUGGACAGAAUCCUCGAGAUUGUUCAAAAUCAGGAGACCGCUAUGACUAAACUUGUUGAAUGGUUAAAUACUGAGUUGACCAAGACAAUAAAUGAUAGAUUCAAGGGUCUUCGCACCUAUUUUCAAAAGGUGGAAACCUUCAACAAAGUGAAGGCUAAGGCUGAUGUCGACUUCAUCAAUCAACGAGUUAGCAAGUACAACAGUGAAAUUGUUUCCUUGAGCACACAGCUCGGCGAUAAAUUCAACGAAAUCUUGAAAUUAGCCAUAGCGGCAGUUGCCCUGGAGAUUGCUGAGGACACAAUUCAGGUGGGACUGGCAGCAGCCGUUGUGAUGAACCCCCUAGAAAAGCUUUUUGGAGGCUCGAGUUUGGGAGACUUUAUGGACAGAUCAGCGAAGUUGGGGAAGAGUUUAACAGAAUCGGGUAAAGUAGCCCGUCUGGCGAAGUCGUUUAAUACACUCAAGGAUAACACAGUUAGUAUUUCUAGCAGGUUUCAAAACAACACUGGUGUGCUCGAGCAAAUAAGAGUCUUGAUUACAGAUGCUGGAAACGAAAAGUACAGUGCUGAUUUUGAAACUCAGAAACAAAAAUUUCUUGCAGACUACGCAGCUUACGACCCAAAAGUAGAGAAGCCGGAGUUAACUGGCAUGACCUCAACCUGGGAAAAUAUCGUUGAUGACGCUUGUGAAGUGAUUUUGAGCAAAGAAACUCUUCUAGCCCAAACCAUUGUUGCGAAAGUAAAAAGCUCUGGUUUGUGUUUUAAAACAAAGGUUCUUGCACAGGAAAUGAUCGCGACCUAUGAAGAAGUGUACGACUUUCAGUUCGAGCUAAUAGAGGCCAUGGCAACGUAUAUGAGAUCUGUGACGUCUCUAAACGCCGCGGCGAGUAUUACGGCUGGCUAUGAAGAAGGUUCUAAUGAGAAUGAACAGGGUGAAAGUGUUGUACAGAGCCUCAAAGUUCUUACAGUGGUCUCCUUUAUCUCGUACAAAACCAAUCUCUGGCAGAUUAUUGAAUCGUACUGUGACAUAUUAGAAUACAAAGGAGGUGGAGUUCGCCCUAGUGUGUGCCAAGGUAUAAACACUAACAUUGCAAAUCUUGUUUCCCACGUAUCUCAAACCUGCAGAGAUGUAGAGGCCUACAAGAACGUUCCAAUCACAAGUUCAUCGGCAACCAAUGGCCUGGAUAUUACUAAUCUUUAUGCAGGAAAACGUCUGACGUUUAAGAUACCAAACGGGAGAUGGUUGGUCGAUAACCACUGGAUAAACGAACGGGAUGAAGGAUCUGCCAUCUUCAUGAAGAAAUUCGAAGUGUUUGUACCAACACAAAGUGUCACAGAACGCAUGGUGCGAGUUGAAGCGCGAAGCUCAGGAAAGAACCAGCUUACACCACCGAAUGGAAAAAAUUACGUAAUAGUUCCAGAGAAAAAUUUCGUCUUUGAGUACUUGGAGGGAGCCGAUGCUUGCAGAAAAGAAAGCGAAGCUUUGACAAACCCUUAUGGGUCAGAUAAACCCAAGCUGUGUCCACUGAAUGUUGACGAAAACAAUUGUCAAGAAAUUUUGCAGAAGACGGCCUUGUUUCCAUCGGUUUAUUCCCAAUGGCAUAUCAGUCUAUCCGGCUAUGAAACAGCAACCGUCCCUGAUCCAACAACGGUCGUGAAUCUAAAAGUUGGAGUUAAGCUUUGCAUUUUACAUCGAUCAAGGAUUUCCAAGAAGAUGAAGGUUAAGAAGUUAAGAGACAAAGUAAGAAAGAAACUACGGCGUGCAAAGAAGGACUACUGAUGGGCGGUCCUAGAAAGACGGAAGAUACUGGUGCCUAGGCCAUUUUACCGGAGGUUUCAAAGUCGACGCUUAAUACCUUCCAGUGAAAAAAGAUUCCAAAAAUGAACCAAUCAACUGACUUGAUAAUACAUUGCAAGUAGAAAAUUGAAACGCUUUAAUGAUUAUAGAUAAUGGUGUUGCUUGCACGGUAAAAUGAAAAUGCAGAUGAUGACGAUGUCAAUAAAAACAACACAAGUAUUGAACUUCCACAAUUGCAAUGAUAACGAAGAAAAUUAAAUGAAGA